UUGUCAGCUUUAAUCACACUAACAAUGCCUUGUUGCAACUUCACCUCUUAUCUGCAUGGCUUCUUCCCUCGUUUAUCAACCCUAGAUUCCACUCAGUUUUACACCUUUCACUAGUAAUGAAGAUUACCAUUUUACCAUCUUUUCCCUUUACUAGGGUUCUUAUUCUGUUUACAUUUCUUCUACUUGGAUGUGUAGCAGAAGACCGAGAUAUUUAUUUGGUUUUAGUGGAAGGUGAACCAGUUGCAUUUCAGCAAUCGCGUGGUUCGUAUAGUAAGGUUUCAGAGGCUCAUGCAGAGAAGUUGGUGAAAACUCAUGAGAAACUUCUUGCCACCACUCUCGACACGGGAAGUUAUAGCAAGGUUUACAGUUUUAAGCACAUUGUCAAUGGAUUUGCUGUUCAUACUUCAGCUUCUCAGGCCAAGAAGUUGAAAAAGGCUCAUGGAGUGAAGUUGAUAGAGAAAGACAGAGGAACCAAACUAAUGACAAGUUACACUCCUCAGUUGUUAGGCUUACCAGAAGGAGUUUGGGCACAAAAAGGUGGAGAGAAAAAUGCAGGGGAAGGUAUUGUGAUUGGCUUCAUCGACACUGGAAUCAAUCCGUUCCACCCUAGCUUUGCUUAUGAUCCAUUAAAUCCGUUCACCUCAAAUAUUUCCCAUUUCUCUGGUGCCUGUGAGGGUGGUCCCAAGUUCCCUACAAUGUCAUGCAAUGGGAAGAUAGUUUCCGCGAGGUAUUUCUCAGCUGGAGCUCAAACAGAUCCAACUUUCAAUGCCUCUGUAGACUUGCUUUCACCCUUUGAUGUUGUUGGACAUGGCAGUCAUGUGGCAUCAACUGCAGCUGGUAAUUAUGGAGUUCCAGUAGUUGUCAAUGGAUAUAACUAUGGAAGAGCUAGUGGGAUGGCGCCACGUGCCCGUAUUGCUGUGUACAAGGCUAUAUAUCCAAGCUUGGGAACUUUAACAGACCUAGUAGCAGCAAUUGAUCAAGCAACAAUGGAUGGAGUUGAUAUCUUGACACUGUCCAUUGGACCAGAUGAACCUCCAGACGAUACACUUACAUUCUUAAGCGUGUUUGAGAUUUUCAUGUUAUCUGCGCGGAAGGCUGGAGUUUUCGUGGUUCAAGCAGCUGGAAAUCAUGGUCCAGACCAGUACUCUGUCGUCUCCUACAGCCCGUGGGCAGUUGGUGUGGCAGCUUCUACCACAGACAGAAGCUACUCCUGUACUCUGAUUCUUGGAAAUGGUCAGAUAAUCACAGGUGUUGGAUUAUCAGGACCGAGCUUCGUGCAUGGAGAUUUACAGUAUAAGCUUGUAAUGGCCAAAGAUGCGGUUAAAGCAAAUGGGACAUUCCCAAGGACAACAGCUUAUAUAGAUGAAUGCCAAUAUGCAGAGGCACUAGAUUUCAAUUUAGUAAAAGGAAGUAUUGUUAUCUGCUCAUUUUCGACAGGCUUCUUGGACGGAACUUCAUCCAUCACCGCUAUUAUUGACACAGCAAGAAACUUAGGCUUCGCGGGUUUUGCCUUUAUUGCAAAUUCAACUUUAGGUGAUUUCAUAGCAGAACCUAUUCCAUUUUCAGUUCCAGGCAUCAUGAUCCCUAGAACCAACGAUUCAGAGAUAAUACUCAAGUACUAUGAACAACAAACUCAUAGAGAGAAGAGAGGAAUUGUGACCAAAUUCUGUGGCAGAGCUGCUAUAAGCGAGGGAAGAACAGCAUCUUAUAAAGGACGAUCACCAGUUGUUAGCAGAUUCUCUUCAAGAGGGCCUGAUUUCAUCGACAUUAAAAGAAACCCAACGGACGUCCUUAAGCCAGACAUAUUAGCACCAGGACACCAAAUAUGGGCAGCUUGGAGUCCAAUGAGUGUUCUUGAUCCCAUUCUUUCGGGUUCUAAUUUUGCCCUCCUCUCUGGUACAAGCAUGGCAACACCUCAUAUAGCCGGUAUAGCUGCAUUACUCAAACAGCAUUAUCCUCUAUGGACUCCUUCGAUGAUUGCCUCCGCAAUGUCAACUACUGCAGUUAGGCAUGAUAAUCAAGGAGAAGCUAUAAUGGCAGAAGGCUCAGAUCUUUAUAGACUCUAUCCAUCCACCCCAUUUGAUUUUGGCGCUGGCUUCGUCAGUCCACCCCAUGCUGUUGAUCCGGGCCUAGUCUUUCCUUCAGAAUACGAAGAUUACAUGAGUUUCUUGUGCUCCUUGCCAAACACGGAUCCAGAAACAGUACAGACAGCCACGGGUGGAUCCUGCAGCAUCCACUCUUUUGACAAUCCGUCUGAUCUCAACAUUCCAUCAGUGACAAUAUCAGCGUUAGCAGGUGCACGAGUAGUACGAAGGAGAGUACAGAACGUUUCAGGCAAACCAGAAUCGUAUCUGGUGGGAGUAGUCCCACCUGAAGGAGUGAUGGUUGAAAUAAUUCCACCUUGGUUUACGGUAUCUCCAGAAGGUGUCCAAGAUUUAGUAUUCAAACUCAAUGUCACAAAAGUACUGGAUGACUAUAGCUUUGGUGAGAUUGUUCUUACAGGAAGCUUGAAUCAUGUGGUGAGAAUUCCUAUAUCAGUCUGGCCUGUUUUAAUGGCCUAACAGGAUCAGGUGUUGGACUUAUAUUGAAUAAUAUGCUUGAUGCAAACAGAACAGCCACAUCACAGAAGAGUGUACACAUCACAGACUUUUUUCCAUUUAUAUAAUCUGAUAUAUUAAAAAUCUUACUUGAUUUUGCUUGCA